CUUAAGCAUCUCUCUCCGCGUAAAAAGAUCAAAAACUCUCGAAGCACACCGUCGUUGUUGUUGUUGUUUCGGAUUCAGAGAUCAUCGUCGUUAUCGUUUACCAAUGGCCGGGAAACUCAUGCACGCUCUUCAGUACGAUUCUUACGGCGGUGGUGCCGCUGGUUUGAAGCAUGUUCAAGUUCCUGUUCCAUCACCCAAGAGCAAUGAGGUUUUCUUGAAAUUAGAAGCUACUAGUCUAAACCCUGUUGAUUGGAAAAUUCAAAAAGGAUUGAUCAGGCCUUUUCUGCCCCGCAAGUUCCCCUGCAUUCCUGCUACUGAUGUUGCUGGAGAGGUCGUUGAGGUUGGAUCAGGAGUCAAGAAUUUUAAGGCUGGUGAUAAAGUUGUAGCGGUUCUCAACCAUUUAACUGGAGGUGGACUUGCAGAGUUCGCCGUUGCAAGCGAGAAACUGACCGUCAAGAGACCCCAAGAAGUGGGAGCAGCUGAAGCAGCCGCUUUGCCUGUGGCAGGUCUAACCGCACUCCAGGCUCUAACUCAGCCUGCGGGGUUGAAGAUGGAUGGUACAGGCAAUCAGGCAAACAUCCUGAUCACAGCAGCGUCUGGCGGGGUCGGCCACUAUGCAGUACAGCUGGCAAAACUUGGGAACGCUCAUGUAACCGCCACAUGUGGUGCCCGUAACAUUGACUUUGUCAAAUCUUUAGGAGCUGAUGAAGUUCUCGACUACAAGACUCCUGAGGGAGCCGCCCUCAAGAGUCCGUCGGGUAAGAAAUAUGAUGCUGUAGUCCAUUGUGCAAACGGGAUACCGUUUUCGACAUUCGAACCAAACUUGUCGGAAAACGGGAAGGUGAUAGAUAUCACGCCUGGGCCUAGUGCUAUGUGGACUUAUGCGGUUAAGAAAAUAACCAUGUCAAAGAAGCAAUUGGUGCCGCUCUUGUUGAUCCCAAAAGCUGAGAAUCUGGAGUAUAUGGUAAAUCUAGUGAAAGAAGGGAAAUUGAAGACAGUGAUCGACUCGAAGCACCCUCUGAGCAAAGCUGAGGAUGCUUGGGCCAAAAGUAUCGAUGGACAUGCUACUGGGAAGAUCAUUGUCGAGCCGUAAUAGUAUUUUUUUCCCGUCUUGUAACUAUCUGUGAUAGUAGAAGUUCGAAGUUUGUUUCCCGUUUACACACAUUGCUUUAUGUUGUUUUGUUUGAUAUAUAAUAUACCCGAGUAUGUCGUAAAUUAUAUAGCAAGAAACUUUGGAUGAAAUAGGUAGUUUUUGUUCUACCA